GCGGCGUAGUCCGCCCAGCCCCCGCAUGCGCGUAUGAUUCGGCGAAUGACUUCAACUUCGUGCGAUUUCGCUCGCUCGCCCGCUGUGAGCGCUACCGGUAGGCCUGCCGGCGGGGUUUUGCAAGGCCGAGCGUGACGCGCGUUCUUCUUGUCUGUUCGUCUGUAUUACGGUGUAUGUUUGGGGUUUCGGCCAUCGCCUCUUUUCUUCCAUGGUGGUGGCGCAUCUCCACCCUUUUCUCCUUUCUUCACGUAUGUUCCCGACUGACGCACACACGGCGCUUUCAUCGUAAACCAUCAUUGUCGUCACACGUAUACAAGCAAAAGCUCCUCCCUUUCGCCGCAGUGAAGCGAGAACGAGCACUCUCGCCCGUCGUCUGGGCAAACGGCCACUCUCUACAUCCGGCGCACUAGCACGCUUCCUUCCUUUCUUCUGUCGUGCGGAGCGAACGGGCAGUUGCGCAUCGUUGUGGUCCCUGAUGCCGAUUUGUGCCCAGCGUUGUGUUACAUUUGCCGUCUUGUAGGUCGAACUUGCUCAUCAGUAAACGGAGAGCAGAGCGGUGCAGAGUGGGAGCGGCAACGAUCGAUCGUUUAAAGUGAGGGCAGGUAGAAACAGCGGUGGGCAUUAGGGAAGAGAGAGGAACAAGCUGCUUAUUUUGUUGGCUGUUUGAAGCGAUGGAGGCUCCAGAGGCGAACGCUAUGCCGAUAUCCGCUCUUGCAAACGAUAUUUCCGAUCAUAUGAAGGGCAUUCUGUUGUCGGAUCUUGCAAAUUCGGCUUCGCCGGUGUCGGAUCUUGCAGAUGCGGCUUCGUCAGCCGCACUGUCGUCUGCUCGAGAAAUGCACGAGAAGGGGAAGGACUCAGUUAGAGCUGCGAUCAAACGGUUUUUCUCGGCGCUGAAGAAGGAAAGAUCAAUGAGGGAAGUUUUGGGAGGAGGCAGAACAGCAGAUCUGCUGUUGUGGACGAAUGUGAAGAAAAGCGGUGCCACGCUUGGCGUUCUGACGGCGCUCUGGAUUCUGGUAGAGUUUUGCGGCUUUACUAUGAUGACUAUUACGUGCAAGUUCCUCAUGGUUGCUGUAGGGGUGCUGUUUGUUUGGGCGAAUUUCGCGUAUCUGUUCAGGAGAGCGCCGCCGCCAGUUCCGAAGAUUGAGCUGAAGGAGGAGAAGGUUCAAGAGGUAGCGGCAAAGAUACGUGUUGUUGUAAACGAGUCGUUGCUGCUUUGUCGUGAUGUGGCGUGCGGUAAGGAGUUUAAGCUCUUUGUGCGCGCGCUGUGGAUUCUGUACUUCGCCUCGAUGAUUGGCUCUUGGUUCACGUUCAUUUCGCUGAGUUACUUGCUCGUGUUGCUCGCAUUCAUCGUGCCGAAGGUGUACGAAACGUACGAGAGGGAUGUCGAUAAGGUCCGGAUGGCGGCGAUGGAGCAAACAAUCAAGUAUUAUGAGGUGGCCGACAGGGCUGUAGUUGGGGCCGUAAUCACUUCGGUGCCCGGUUUGAAGCAGAAGCCUCAGUAGCUUGAGUCCCUUUUCAGCAUCUAUUCUCCCCUUAAUGGGAGAGACACAACGCUUUUGUGUCGGUCGAUCUACCCACCAUGCCCUAUGUCUGUGUCUGUGUGUGUGUGUGUCAGAGGGAGAGAAAGAGAGCGAGCGAGCGAGCGAGCGAGCGAGAGAGAGAGAGAGAGAGAGAGAGAGAGGGGCGGAGUGGGAGAGAGACGGGAGUGACAAGAUGUAUCGAUUUUAAAAAUUCCGCUGUGUAAGUGGAUUUUCAUUAAGUAGAUAGAUAGCUUUAGUAUGAGCGAGCUUAUGCUCCGAUGUCAGCGGGGAAUGUGACUUCGCUGUUGUAGACUGCAGUUAGGGUUUGGUGUACAAGCAUGUGGAGUGGGUAUGCGGAAGAGGAUGUUACUUGUCAAUGUUCGCGGGUGCGCGCAGGCAUCGCGUAUCCUUACCUAAGGCCAGGUUUGAGAUGGAUCUGAAAUUUGUGCUGUUCGCGUGUAUGUUUCGAAUGCGCACAAGAGAUAAGAGAGCGAGCAAGCGGCAGUGGAGAAGAAUGUCGCACGAGAAAGAGGGGAAGCAAGCUACAGAAGGGCGGGCUCGGGAGACCGAAGAGGGGGGCGCUAUGGAGGGAAGAGGAGCCCGCGAAGAGAGAGAGAGAGAGAGAGAGAGAGAGAGAGAUGUGGGAUGUCAGAAGUAGAGCUGUUGUCUCGAGGAGUGCGUGUCUAUUGAUGCAAUAUAGCGAAGGAAAUUGUGCGUCGGAGAGGAAGGGGACAGGGAGAAGAAGAGGGUAAGGAAGGGCAGGGCUCUGCACGGCCAGUUUAGUUUUGAUUGAAGGAACACGGAAUGGCUGAUUCGUGACCAUCUCUACCAGCUGGAGCAAGUGGCGGAAGGGUUCAACGUGAUGAUUGAACGUUUUUUACCUUUUUUUGCUCCGUGUUUUCGAAGGAUGUAUUGCUCAGGAGGGAGCAGGGUUAUACGAAGUCACGCAGCGAAGAGCUGCGGGGAACGUAUGGUUGUUCCUUUUCACACCUCACACCUCCUUCCGUUUCGUUUUUUUUUUUGCAAGUUUCUCUUUUUGGCUACUGACUCUUCUUGUGGCUUUUAGUUUUUUUUAACGUUUUCAUUGGUGAAUUACGAAAAGAGUCGAAAAGAGUCGAAAAUAUCGCCCGGUUGAGUUUGAGCGAUCAAGUGGCGGUACUAUUGUCCAAUGGAUUUUUAUAGAAUUACCCUGUCCCGACAGUAAAUGCCUCCUGCAGUCCUUGGGUAUGUUGUUCUCUUUGAGUCUGCUUUCCCCUCUCUCGUUCAGCCUGGUAGGUUAUCAGGUACGCUCGAUAUUCCCGUCGUUUUCCGUUCUCCUUCCUUUCCCCCGAGACGGUAGCUUUAUCUUGCAGGGCGAUUUGUGGACACAAUUGUGACAGGUCCGAAUUUCGGUGAAGUAGUCUUCUUACAGGAUGUCUUUCUUCAAAACUUUUCCCUGUGAUCGUCUCAAUGUUUUUUUUUUUUUUUUUUCUGUUCAUUGAUCACAACGUACUGAUGUCGAUGUUCCGUACGCUGCCUUUUCCAAAUCAGUUGAAGAUGCGAAAUCUGUUCUCUGUCUAGCACACUUUUCCCUCUCCUGGAGAAGAGUAGAUUUUCAGAGAGCGUGGGGCUGAAAGUUUGUCUUUCUUAAUUCCACUUUUGUUGUGAUGACGACAGCGCGUCUUAGUAGCCCUUGUCUUUCUUCCCGCCUUCCUUGAACUCGUCCCUGUUUUCUUGUAGAGCAUGUCCCGGCCUGCUAGUCUGUCUAGAGAGCUUUCUUGUAAGUUAUCCUUCUGGCAAUAUGUAUGUGCGGAAUCGAAAUCUGAACGA